ACUGUGGCACUGCACUCAUGACUUCGUUUUGAAUCGUAAGGGGAGAUUUGGAUAUACUUCUCACAUCUUUCUGUGUUAAAGUUCCUGAAGGUUGAGAGGACUUUACGUACGGAAAUUACGGAAUUGACAUGUUAAAUGUUCCUUACUUCGGAUGGUCAAGAGAGCGCUGGAAUCAAGCAAGCAUUUUCGACUGAAUCGGAAUGAGACUGCAAGUUGCACGCAAAUCUGCCGGGACCUGAAGAGAUCAAGAAAGUUUCAACAGAAUUCUCCAUAGCCCAGGCGAUCUGCUGCAGCCAUGUUUAUGAACAGCUUGAAGAUGCUGCUCACAGGUGGCAAGGCCAACCGCAAGAACCGCAACAGUGAUGGUGGCAGUGAGGACCUGGCCGGCCCCUGCUCGCCCGGUCUAGACCACCCCUACCUCAGCUACGCUGGGCAAGGAGGCAGUGUGGACAGCGACUUCGCCUUCAAGGGAGACUACAGCGUGCCGCUCUCCAUCACGGAGGGCAUGCAGCACAUCCGCAUCAUGGAGGGCGUGUCCCGCUCCUUGCCCUCCUCCCCUCUGCUCACCCACCAGGCCAUCAGCAUCCACCUGCAGCCUGCCAGCAAGCUUACAGGUGAGUCCAGCCAGGAGCUGGGCCCCCCUCCCUCGGUGGAUGAGGCAGCCAGCACGUUGAUGACGAGGCUGGGCUUCCUUCUGGGAGACAAACUGAGUGAGGGGCCAGACGGAGCACAGUGCGGCAUGGAGGAUCCCCAAGAUAGACAGGGCCUGACUUCCAACCAGAGGAUGAGCCCUUGCUCCACCCUGACCAGCAGCACAGCGUCCCCCCCAGGAGGCAGCCCCUGCUCCACCCUGCCCCCCACCACCCCCGGCCAGCCCAGCAACAGGGACUGUGCCUACGGCUCCAUCACAAGCCCCACCUCCACUCUGGAAAGCAGAGACAGCGGCAUCAUCGCCACCCUGACUAGCUACUCUGAGAACAUGGAGCGGGGUGCUAAAUACGGUGAGGGUUCCCGCGGCAACCUAAAGCUGUGGCAGUCUCAGAAGUCUGGCAUGGACUCGUUCCUGUACCGCGUGGACGAGAACAUGACUGCCUCCACCUACAGCCUCAACAAGAUCCCUGAGCGGAGCCUGGAGAGCAUGUCCCCCCACUCCGCUCACUCUAUCCCCCUGUACCUCAUGCCCCGUCCCAACUCUGUGGCAGCCACCAGCUCGGCUCACUUGGAGGACCUGGCGUACCUGGAUGAGCAGAGACACGCCCCGCUGCGCACAGCGCUGCGCAUGCCCAGACAGAGCACGGUGGCCGGCCGCCCCGGCCAGGACCCGAGAGCCUCUGCUAACUCCCAUGCCUGGCAGUCCCAGUCCCUGCGCUUGGCGCCGUACAGGCCUGCCGACAUCUCUCUGAAGCCCCUGCUCUUUGAGGUGCCCAGCAUCACCAUGGACUCGGUCUUCACCGGCAGGGAGUGGCUCUUCCAGGAGAUCGAUGCCCAGCUCAACAACCCCGACUCCAGCAACAACCGCGGCGUGGUGGUGGUGGGCAACAUCGGCUUCGGCAAGACGGCCAUCAUCUCCCGCCUCGUGGCGCUCAGCUGCCACGGCACCCGCAUGAGGCAGAUCGCCUCGGACAGCCCGCAGGCGUCACCUAAACAUGGAGAGGGUCUGCCCCUCAGCCACGGCACCCUGGGGGGGGGCAGCUGUCCCGGGACCCCGGAGAUGAGACGCCGCCAGGAGGAGGCGAUGAGACACCUGGCCUCUCAGGUGGUGGCCUACCACUACUGCCAGGCGGACAACGCCUACACCUGCCUGGUGCCGGAGUUCGUCCACAACGUGGCGGCCCUGCUGUGCCGGGCCCCUCAGCUCCUCGCCUACAGAGAGCUGCUCCUGAGGGAACCCCACCUCCAGAGCAUGCUCAGUCUGCGCUCCUGCGUCCAGGACCCCCUGGCGUCCCUGAGGAGGGCGGUCCUAGAGCCCCUGGAUGCUCUUUAUAAAGAGAGGAAGAUCACCUCUGAAGAAGACCUGGUCAUCCUCAUUGAUGGACUUAAUGAGGCAGAGUUCCACAAGCCCGACUACGGAGACACCAUUGUGUCUUUUCUGAGUAAAACAGUAAACAAGUUUCCUCCGUGGCUCAAGCUUGUUGUCACUGUGAGGACCACGCUGCAGGAGAUCACCAAGCUGCUGCCUUUCCACCGGAUCUCCCUGGACGGGCUGGAGGAGAACGACCCCAUCGACCAGGACCUGCAGGGGUACAUCUUGCACCGGAUCCACAGCAGCCCUGAGAUCCAGAACAACAUCUCCCUCAAUGGAAAGAUGGACAACACCACCUUCGGCAAGCUCAGCUCCCACCUCAAGGCCCUGAGCCAGGGAUCCUACCUUUACCUGAAGCUCACCUUUGACCUCAUUGAGAAGGGCUACCUGGUCCUCAAAAGCUCCAGCUACAAGGUGGUGCCCGUGAACCUGGCGGAGGUCUACCUGCUGCAGUGCAACAUGCGCUUCCCCACGCAGUCGUCCUUCGAGCGGGCGCUGCCCCUGCUCAACGUGGCCGUGGCGUCCCUCCACCCGCUGAACGACGAGCAGAUCUACCAGGCCAUCAACGCCGGCUGGCUGGAGGGCACGCUGGACUGGGAGGACUUCCAUCAGCGCGUGGACAACCUGUCCGUGUUCCUGGUGAAGAGGAGGGACGGGACGCGCAUGUUCGUGCACCCCUCCUUCCGGGAGUGGCUGAUAUGGAGGGAGGAAGGAGAGAAGACCAAGUUCCUCUGCGACCCCAGGAGUGGGCACACCCUCCUGGCCUUCUGGUUCUCUCGCCAGCAGAACAAGCUGAACCGACAGCAGACCAUCGAGCUUGGCCACCACAUCCUUAAAGCACACAUCUUCAAGGGCCUGAGCAAGAGGGUUGGGGUUUCCUCAUCGAUCUUGCAAGGGCUUUGGGUGUCCUACAGCUCAGAGGGCCUGUCCACCGCGCUGUCGUCACUUCGAAACCUCUACACGCCCAACAUCAAGGUGAGCCGGCUAUUGAUGCUGGGCGGGGCCAACGUGAACUACCGUACAGAGGUCCUGGCCAACGCCCCUGUGCUGUGUGUGCACGCCCACCUGGGCUACAUGGACAUGGUGGGGCUGCUGCUGGAGUACGGAGCCUGGGUGGACGCCCCCUCAGAGAGAGGCCUCACCCCCCUUGGCUACGCAGCCUCCGCCGGACACAUGGCUAUCGUCACCACUCUGUGUCGCAAGAAAGCCAAGGUGGACCACCUGGAUAAGAAUGGCCAGUGUGCCUUGGUGCACGCAACCCUCAGAGGACACCUGGAGGUGGUCAAGUACCUCAUCCAGUGUGACUGGGGCCUGGGAGGACAACAACAACAACAGCAGCAGCAGCCAGCUGCCUUCAGUAAGAGCCAUGCAGUCCAGCAGGCUCUCGUUGCUGCGGCCAGCAUGGGGUACACAGAGAUUGUGACCUAUCUGCUGGACCUGCCAGAGAAGGACGAGGAGGAGGUAGAGCGCGCUCAGAUCAACAACUUUGACACACUGUGGGGAGAGACAGCUCUGACGGCGGCUGCGGGGCGGGGCCAGAUGGACGUGUGCCGUCUGCUCCUGGAGCAAGGGGCCGCCGCGGCACAGCCCAACAGGCGAGGCAUCGUCCCCCUCUUCAGCGCGGUGCGGCAGGGCCACUGGCAGGUAGUGGACCUGCUCCUGACCCACGGGGCUGACAUGAACCUGGCGGACAAGCAGGGGCGCACCCCCCUGAUGGUGGCUGCCUCCGAGGGCCACCUGGACACGGUGGAGUUCUUACUGGUCCAAGGUGCCUCUCUGGCCAUGACGGACAAGGAGGGUCUGACUGCUCUGAGCUGGGCGUGUCUCAAGGGCCAUCUGCCCGUGGUGCACUAUCUGGUGGAGCAGGGCGCGGCCACGGACCACGCUGACAAAAAUGGACGCACACCUCUGGAUCUGGCGGCCUUUUAUGGAGACUCUGAGGUGGUCCAGUUCCUGGUGGAUCACGGGGCCAUGAUAGAACAGGUGGACUACAGUGGGAUGCGUCCUCUCGACCGGGCAGUGGGCUGCAGAAACACAUCCGUGGUGGUCACCUUGCUCAAGAAAGGAGCCAAGAUAGGAUGUCAGACGCUGCCCAGUCGGCCGAGAGGUCCAGCCACAUGGGCAAUGGCCACCUCCAAACCUGACAUCAUGAUAAUCCUACUUAGCAAACUGAUUGAGGAAGGAGACAGUUUCUACAAGAAGGGGAAGGUGAAGGAGGCUGCACAGCGUUACCAGUGCGCCCUCAAAAAGUUCCCGCGUGAAGGUUUCAGUGAGGACCUGAAGGCUUUCGGGGAGCUCAAAGUUUCUAUUUUCCUUAACCUGUCCAGAUGUCGGCGGAAAAUAUACGACUUUGGGAUGGCUGAAGAAUUUGCUACCAAGGCGUUGGAAUUGAAACCAAACUCCUACGAGGCAUACUAUUCCAGGGCUCGUGCCAAGCGUAGCAGCAGGCAGUUCCCCGAAGCCUUAGAGGACCUGAAUGAAGCCAUGAAGCACUGCCCCAACAACCGUGAGAUCCAGCGGCUGCUGCAGCGGGUGGAGGAGGAGUGCCACCAGCUCAGUCUGGAGGAACAGCAGGAGCUGGAGCCCCUCCCCUCACCGCCCCCGACUCCGCCCCCAGAGGAGGAGCUGAUCCUGGACAUGCCCCUCCCCCCUCCCCCAGAGCCAAGGCUGGAGGACAUGGAGUCCGUCCAGGAGCUGUUUGAGGAUGAGGUCUACCUGGAGCAGGAGCUGGAGGCCUUGUCCAAUCCCUCCAGUCUGCCCAUCAUCCAGAGCCCCCCGCUCUCUCCCACCCACCAUGACCAGGUCUACCUUUCAGGGGGCUCCCCCCUGGGCCAGCCUUAUGACUACCAUCCCACCUCCAGCUCCAUGUCCUCCCCCACCCGUCAAACCUACCAGACCAUUUCACCCUCCUUGUCCCCCACCCACCAGAAUUCCCACUACCGGCACAGCCCCCCACUCACCUCCCCAGUGAACCAGCCCUCCUAUUGUUUCAGCCCACCAGAACAACAGAGCCCCCCACCCUCCCCUCUGCGACGUGGGCCUCAGUACAGAGCCAGCCCCCCCGUGGAGAGCGUGUGUAUGUAUAGGUCUCAGUCGGGCUCUCCUGUGCGCUACCAGCAGGAGCAGCUCCCCAGCCGGCCCAAAUCCCCCCUGUCUAAGAUGAGCAGUCAGAGGUCCUUCCAGCUGACCUCGCAGGCCUCCCUGUCCUCCCAGCACCCCCAGGUACAGGGCCUGCGUCUGCAGCCCUCCAUGGCCCAGAUUGUUCGCACCAACCAGCCAAACAGUGGCUACGGCCAGAUGGGGCACCCCAUCAGCAGCCGCUACCAGGGGGGAUCUGUGGAUGUGGAGAGCCGGCUAGUUUACCAGCCCUCUCUGGACGGGCGUCCCAUGACCCAGGUGCAGGGCAGCCUGAGUGCUGGGGCCCUCUGUCAGCACGGGGGUCGAGGAGGGGUCAUGGAGUCAGGCCUGAUGAAGGACGAGUUACCCCAGCGCCCCUCCUCAGCCUACCGCGCCAGCAGUGGGGGCAUCCGCUACAGCCAGACCCCCCAGAUUAGCCGUAGCCAAUCAGCCGCCUACUACCCUGUCUCAAAGCAUGAGCUGGAGCGCUCCAAUGCCCUGCCCCAGUGCCAGCUGGGCUCGCCCGAGAUCUCCCACAUGGUUAGGCGCCCCAUCAGCGCCAACACUACCGAGAUCAAGCAUAACAUGUCCACUCCCAGGCCUCUCAUCCACUCCCAGAGCGUGAGCCUGCGCUUCUCCCCUUCCAGCAACAACAUCUCCACGGGUUCAACCUGCAAUUUAACCCCAGGCUUCAGGCCUUCCAACUCCAUUCAGCAGAUGGAGAUCCCAUUGCAGGCAGCAUAUGAGCGCUCCUGUGAUGACAUCUCGCCAAUCUCACCCUCACAGGGAGGUGGCGGGGGGCUUUACCAGGGCGAGACCACCCGCUCGAGGAACACGCCCUUCAUGGGUAUAAUAGACAAGACCGCACGGACUCAGCAGUACCUGCAGCAGCCGUCACGGCCCUGGGCCAUGACCUCCAUGGACUCGGCCAUCAGCCCCACGUCGCCUGGAAACCUGGUGACGCAGGGCUCCACCUACAGCCCUCCAACGUCGCUAGGCAACAUCGCCUACUACAACAAGACCAACAAUGCCCAGAAUGGACACCUGCUGGAAGAGGACUACUACUCCCCACAAUCCUCUCUGAGCAAGCUGGCGAACGGCUCCCGCGGAGGGGAUCUCCUGGAAAGGGUGAGCCAGGCACCCACCUACCCGGACGUCAAGAUGGCCAGAACUCUGCCAGUAGCACAGGCCUACCAGGACAACAUGUACCGGCAGCUCUCCCGCGACUCGAGGCAGGGCCCUCCCUCCCCCAUCAAACCAAAGAGACCGUUCGUGGAGUCGAAUGUGUGAGGGUUGUGUGGGACAGGGUGUGAGUGAAGGUGUGCGAGUGUGAGAGGUGUGUGCGGGGAUGGGAGGGAGGUAGGCAUCAUUUCUGACCUUGGUAUCUGAUGGAUUCAUUCAAAACAACUCUGACUUACUGUACUAUCACAUACGGACAAACAUUGGCAGUCAGUUAGACUUACAGACUAACUACUUACAGAGAAACAAGAAGUGGUGACAUUUCAAACUCUGCACAUAUAGGGGAGAGUUCUUGUUAAAGAGACAUGUCUACACUAAAACAGAGCCAUGUGCACUUCCACAGGGAGCGAGUGAGGUCAUACUACUGUGUGUAGUUUGUAGGCCAAAUACCUGCUGAACCUUUGGACUCCAUGUUCUAUCCUUAGUAUACAAAGUGUGCUCUUAAUCAAGGUUGCUAGGCUCAAUGUAAUACAACAUUAAUAUAUGUUGAGUACUGUAAAUUGCUCACAGAUUUUAAGCAAAUCCACAGUACUAUAUACGUAUAUAUAUAUAAACAAACAGUUUGUGUUUGAAUUGUAUUCUUGUUUCUCCCAGUCUUAAACUUUUUUGUUUCAUACUGGGAAAGGGUAUUUUAAAGUAAACAUGGUGGAAAUGAGGGCCAUUCAUGAUCUAUGAAUUAUGAGUUUCAUUUAGUUGUAUUUGUCAUAUUUGCUUUACCAUGUUAUGUUAUAACAUGUAUUUGUUUUCAUCACAGUACAUGUACUCAUAUUCAGCUUAGGUAUUAAUACAUUAUACUUAAAUGUACUGAACACUCUUUAGUAUGAUGAACAACUGUCUAACUGCCAUAGUCUGAAUCCCUUCACUUUUUUCCAUAACCUCUAAGAAUAGCCAGAAACAAUUACACACUUUUGAAUACCUGCAAAACAGUGUGCUUGUAGAAUGUCAUUAUUUUUAAAUGCUUUCAAGCUUUGCAGCUAUUGCUAUCUCAAAACUGGUUUUGAGAUAGCAAUGAACUGAACUGUAUCAGACACAGAAUUUUUGGCUAGUAAAUAUUUAUUGUAUUUUCUCAUUACUACAUAAAUUAAUUCAUAUAAUUUGUUGAUGGAUAAUCCAUAUAGUUUUUUUGUUUGUUGUUAAUAUUCAGGUUUAAAUUACAUAGCUAGCAGCGAAGGUCACGUAAGCGCCAAAGUUAGGAGGUCCUCUUGCACUUACCACUAUGUAGAGGUAAUGUCAGAGUACAGAUGUAUUAUUUGAAGACAAUGUGAAGUAUUUAAACUGAAUUGGGUAUCUCUCCUUUCUUUUAUAUUUUAAUUUUGUAUUAUUCAACCCUUUCUGCACUACUGCCUGUGAAGUUCUUAACUAAAGGUGCACUUUACGUAUUUUAAUUAUUUUAUUGUUAUGACUGACUUUGAAUUUAGAUUACAGUAAGUGGAUGUGUGUAGGUCAGAUGGGCCUACAAUGGACAUUUGAUAAAGGAUUACUAUUGUUUGAAGGAAAAGGAAGUAGAAAUGAAUCAUAACAUAAAGAACAAUGUUUUAAAUAUAUAGAGAUGUAUAGUAUGUACUAUAUAGCACAAGUUGUAUUGGCUGUAUAUACCGUCUGAAAUAUCGCACUCAACCCAACUCCAGAUUCUCUCAAAGGCAGGUCUUUUCCAAACAUCUUUUAUGAUGUAAGACCCGCACUCUCUUUCUCAGAACCAUUGUUCCAUCCUCAUACAUAUUCACGCAAGAAAAUAAACUGUCUAAUUUGUGCAAUUAUGUCCUAAAUAAUCUCCUACGCAGGAUCCAUUCACCACAAACAUAUUUUUAUAUUUGCAGACGGAGUGGGUUUAGAGUGCUGAACUGAGAGGCAGAGUGAGUUAGCUGUUAAAAGGGAGAUUAAUAAAAUUGUUCCCAACCCACACUGCAACUCAUGGAGUUACACAAGGCACACAGACAGACAAAGCAGAUAGACAGACAAAGCAGAUACAGACAGACAGGUAGGCGUGAUUUACUUUAGACAUACUAAAGCGAUGUAGGCCAUAGUGUUGCCAGUGAACUGCACUGCUCUGUCCUCAUCACAGAAUAGCCCUGUCCUGAUUGGAGAACAGAAUAGCCCUGCCCUGAUUGGAGAACAGCCUGCAGAGCCUGUGUGACUCCCCCAGUUAUAUCUGCUAUAUGAGAGGUAUCGAACAGUUAUUUAUUAAAUCAAAUGUAUGAACUGUAAUAUUCUUUCAGAAGCAUUACCCUUGAGAACCUGGGGUAUUUGUUUGAUGUAAAUGAGUUUGCUGUAUAUAGCCUAAUGCAUGUACUAUGAUUUCCAUGAGCUCUAACAAAAACCCAUCUGGUAUGUAUAGUGUCCUGAUUCUGUUGAUACUCAGUUGGGGUAUGGGAUAACAGUAGGAAGACAGUUGUCCUGAAAUGUUCCUUAUCCAUUUCCUUCAAUCUCAUUUGACAGACGCCGAAAAACGGAAGUUUUCUAUUUUUUAUUUUGUUUCAAUGUAUUUGCUUGCUAAGCAGAGUUCUCUUGUCUGUACAUGUGGGCUUUCAGAGCGCUGUGACAAAAAGUUUAAUUGAAAACAAUAAUAAAAAGAAUGUGUUUCUAUUCCAUGA